UCAGUGCGGCAGCUAUACUGCUAUAGCCUAUCAGCUGCCCGUAGGCUCUAAGUGAGUACUGAGUAGCGACUAGUGAGCACCGAACUACUCAGUGUCCGAACUCCGAGUGGAGCACUAGAUUGACUAGUGACUACUGCGGCUACGCGACUCGCCGGUGCACAGUCGUUGCGCGAAAAAAGGCGUUGGUCCGUCCGUCGUUCGAUCGCCGGUCUUUUGCUCGUCUGUUUCUGUCGCCGCGGCCACGAUGUACGCCUAAAGAGACACACGGUCGUGCCUCCUCCAGCGAUUGACACACGUGAUCCACCGUCGGAGACGCACAACGGAUCCACAUCUGAGCAAGAUGCCUCACAAGGACCGGACUGUAACGACAAUGGUAUCCCGCAACCGUCCGCUGACUGAUUCUAGGCCCAAAUCAUCAAGACCAAAGAAAAUUGACAAGGUAUUACAAAACGGCCAGAGUAAUUCUAAAUUCAAACAACUUAAAAAAUCAACAAAAAUGGAUGUCCACUCACUUGUGGUAUGGAAACAUCCCAUCUUAACCUUAGAUUAUUUCUGUAAAGAAGUAGUUUGUUUAUCCAAAUCAUUUGUUAAAAAAUUAAUUUGUUAUAAGUUAUAUGUGCUUCUGGCACUUUUAGUAAUUUCUACUCCAAUUUUUUUAUUAUAUAUUGAAGGUCCUCAUUUACCAAUAUUAAUAUGGGCAAAAUCAAAAGUUGUAUGGUGUCUCUACUGGUUAGGGCUAGGAGUCUUAUCAUCCGUUGGUUUUGGUACUGGCCUUCAUACAUUCCUUCUCUAUUUGGGCCCACACAUUACCUCUGUCACUUUAGCUGCCUAUGAAUGUGGAGGACUUAACUUCCCUGAGCCCCCAUAUCCAGAACAAAUUAUUUGUCCUGACGAAGUUGACAGCGCCUGGAUAGCCAGUUUAUGGAACAUCAUGUUAAAAGUACGAGUUGAAGCCAUGAUGUGGGGAGCAGGUACUGCUCUUGGUGAAUUGCCACCAUACUUCAUGGCUCGUGCUGCUAGACUUUCCGGUAGACCACCAGAUGAAGACAAGGAAGAUCUAAUAGAAUUUGAAGAAUUACUGAAAAAAGAAAAGCACCCUGAAACAAUGACCCUGGUAGACAAGUCAAAAUUGUUUGUUGAGCGACUUGUAAAAAAAGUUGGUUUUUUUGGAAUUUUAGCUUGUGCAUCUAUUCCGAAUCCAUUAUUCGAUCUAGCUGGGAUUACGUGUGGACACUUUUUAAUACCGUUCUGGACGUUUUUCGGAGCUACUCUUUUGGGUAAAGCUGCCAUUAAAAUGAGCAUACAAGUGUUAUUUGUUGUAGUGGCUUUUAAUGAAACACUGAUUGCAAGUGUACUCGAUAUUGUUGGCAAAAUCCCAGGAGUUGGAAAAAAAUUGCAAGCACCUAUUACAACGUUUUUAGAAAACCAAAAACAAAGGUUACAUGCCAAAAAAGACUCAAAGGGCACAAAUAUUGCUGUAAAAUUGUUUGACCUAUUUGUGUUAUCAAUGGUUCUUUAUUUCAUUGUGUCAUUAAUCAACUCUAUGGCACAAAAUUACUAUAAGCGAAACCACAAGACUUCAAAAAAGCGAUUAAGCGACUGACAUACGGUUGUCAACCGUUUGAAAAAAUCUUAUCGUAAGUCCAAACGGCAUUGAAUAAUUUCUACUCAUUCAUUCACCAAAUAAUUUUGGUAUAAAUUAAAAAUUAUUAUUUCUUGGUAAACAAUAAUAAGUCUUACAUUAUAUAUAUUUAUUAUAAAUUAAUAAAUAUUACAGGGUUUUGAUUUAUAACUAUUAUAAUAAAGUAAAUAAAAAUAAAAUAUUUAUAAACUUAAUAUUACUGUAUUAUUAUGCUGCUCAAUGAACUAAUUGAAAGUUGUUACUAUUUUAAGACAUGCUAUAUUAAGAUUUAAAAAAGUAUUGUCUUGAACGGCAAUUUUGAGCAGCUUUUUUUAUGUGUAUUUUUAUCAUUUGUGUUCCGUAUGGUAUAUUUUAUAUGAAAUAUAUUUUGCACUGCGAAAUAAAAUGAAUUGUAAAAAUAUUUUUAAUGUAUAUGUGUUAUCCACAAGUGUUACCAAUAUUUAAUUUUAAGUGUAAUUAUAAACCAUACGGGAACGAUUUUAUUAUACAGAUUGAAAACUUUUUGUUUAUUUAAAAAAUUAAAAAACUCUAAUAUUGUUUUUUCUCCAGUUUCAUUAAAUUUUAUAGCAAAAAUAAGCAAUAUAAUGUAUGUCUGUUAAAAUAACCAGGCCUAUUAUUAAAAUACAAUGUUGUCUAGAAUAAUACACAUACAAUCAAAAAUUCAUUUUUAGUUUGAUUUUGUAAAAUAUGUUUGUAAUUUUAACUAUAAACAGCUAUUGUUGAAAAAUGAAAAUAAGGUUAUUUGAUAGUCACUAUACAACAGUGAACGCUUGUGUAUAUUCUUAUAAAAUGUUUGUGAUUAGGUAUGAUAGUGUAAUGUGUGUUAAAUUUAGUGGUAGAAGACUGUUCCUCUUCUGAAAAUUUGUUCAUUCCUGUUUUAAAAAAAAAUAAUUAUAAUUACACAAAAGAUCAUUCAAAAUAUUAUUAUUUUUUUUUUUUUUGUUAAUUGCUUUGUAGGACAACAAAUGUUGAUUUGUUAAUGUGUAUGCGUGCCAGUUAUUAUGCAUCUUUGACAAUAAAUUAUUCAAUGUUCCAUUUGUGUGUUUUAAUAAUUUGGUGUAGUUAAAGACUAUAUUUGUUCUCAUAAUGUACUUGUGUUUUUCUGAUAUUAUGUGAGAUUCUAUUACUUAUUAGACUUCAUUCAAAGAAUAAUAGUGUAGUGUAUAGAGUAAGUUGUAUGUAUACUGCAUUUUUAUAUUAAAUGAUUCAAUGGACUUGCAGCAAUACAAUUGUCCUCAAAAUACAUUA